CACAGCACGCCGACGACAACGAGGCAUUGCGGCCACACAUCACACAAAUCCCUUCCGCCACGCACACGACUGGAAGGGCCGCCGUCGCCAUGAGCAACAAGAUACAAGUCCUGCGCCUGUACAGGCGGUCGCUGAAGCUCGCGCUCGACUGGAGCGUCCACCGAUACCUCUGGCGCGGCCAGGCGGUGUACCUGCGCGGUCUCUUCGAGGCGAACCGCAAUGUCACAGAGCCGCGACAGCAGAGGGCACUGAUUACCGAGACGGAGGCUCUGCUUGAGAAGUGGAAGCACCCCGAUCCAUACCGCCCACCCACGGCCCCAGGAGGCUCAAAGUACGAGCGCAACCUGCCCGUUCCGAUCCUGGAUGCUCCACCGAAAUGGAUGAACCCGUAGGCGUGGGGAUGGAUGACUGGAGAAGAAGCAUGCGUAGCUUUGUAGGUAUAUAUCACACACAUUGACGCGAAGCGCAGGAGCGCAAAGACGCCCAGAGACAAUCAAUCUUCUAUGUUCAACGUCGUGGCCUGCUUGUGGUGCCGUGAUGCUCUGUCCUACAUAUGCCCGUGCAAUGUCAGAUCUGUG